AUGGGGGCCCAUGCUGUUGUGACCGACGCCAACAUCUCAUCCAGCCUUGAGAGCAACACCACGGGCAUCACGGCCUUCUCCAUGCCCGGCUGGCAGCUGGCCCUGUGGGCCACUGCCUACCUGGCCCUGGUGUUGGUGGCCGUGACGGGCAAUGCCGCGGUCAUCUGGAUCAUCCUGGCCCAUCAGAGAAUGCGCACAGUCACCAACUACUUCAUUGUCAACCUGGCCCUGGCUGACCUCUGCAUGGCCGCCUUCAACACCGCCUUCAAUUUCGUCUACGCCAGCCACAACAUCUGGUACUUCGGCCGUGCCUUCUGCUACUUCCAGAACCUCUUCCCCAUCACGGCCACGUUCGUCAGCAUCUACUCCAUGACCGCCAUCGCCAUUGACAGGUACGUGGCCAUUGUCCACCCCUUCCAGCCGCGGCUCUCGGGUCCCCGCACCAGAGCGGUGAUUGUCGGCAUCUGGCUGCUGGCCCUGGCCCUCGCCUUCCCCCAGUGCUUCUACUCCACCAUCACCAUGGACCAGGGCGCCACCAAGUGUGUGGUGGUCUGGCCUGAGGACAACGGCAGCAAGAUGCUCCUUUUGUACCACCUCGUGGUGAUCGCCCUCAUCUACGUGCUGCCGCUCGUGGUGAUGCUCCUCGCCUACAGCGUCAUCGGCCUCACGCUCUGGAGACGCGAGGUUCCCAGGCACCAGGUGCACGGCGCCAGCCUGCGCCACCUGCAGGCCAAGAGGAAGUUCGUGAAGACCAUGGUGCUGGUGGUGGUGACGUUUGCCAUCUGCUGGCUGCCCUACCACUUCUACUUCAUCCUGGGCAGCUUCCAGGAGGACAUCUACUACCACAAGUUCAUCCAGCAGGUGUACCUGGCGCUCUUCUGGCUGGCCAUGAGCUCCACCAUGUACAAUCCCAUCAUCUACUGCUGCCUCAACCACAGGUUUCGCUCUGGAUUCCGGCUUGCUUUCCGUUGCUGCCCGUGGGUCACACCGACUGAGGAAGAUAAGAUGGAGCUGACUCACUCUCCAUCCCUUUCUAGGAGGGUCAACAGGUGCCACACUAAAGAGACUUCUUUCAUGGCUGGGGAUACCGCCCCCUCUCAGGCUACCAAUGGGCAGGCCAGGGGUCCCCAAGAUGGGGUACCUACUGAACCCUGAAGCCUUGUGCCUGGCACCCUUGGAGAAGUAGCCAGUUGAGAGGUCCAGAUCUAAAAGUUUGACCCAUGCCCCAGGCUUCAGUGCAUCAGUGGAAAAACAAGAUGGGGCCAGGAGCUCUGCAAGUGGAUGCCAACUCUAAUAAGAGGGCCCAGCCACCCCUCUGACGGGGCUUCACAGCAACAAGAGUCCAAGAAGACAGUGUGAGUUAACACAUCUCAUCCAGGAGUCACAAGCAGGGAUGCCUUCCUGGGGCAUACACCCUGAUCAGUGACUUCCGGCGUCGGGGUAACAGGGAACGGGGGGAAGUGGAGGGCGUACGCAGCCAAAGGGGACAGCAGCUGAC